AUGACUCCAAGCCACAAGUCCCGGCCACGGAUUUUGCUUUCGCGUUUGAGUAAGAAAACAGGAACCAGAACAGUGACUCCUCAUGAAAUACUCGACCUAACAGCCUUUUGCAGUAUAGACGGCGUCUUAGUGCGAAGUGCCAAUGCCAUUCCUCACGCCUCACGCACCCUCCAGUUCCUACAGCGAAACUCGAUCCCCUUCAUCCUCCUGACGAAUGGCGGGGGGAACCAUGAAUCCGAGCGAGUCAAAGACCUGUCGUGUAAACUCGACGUCAAGCUCGACACGUCUAUGUUUGUGCAAUCCCACACCCCCUUUGCGGAGCUGGUUCACGGCGAGAACAGCUUGAGGGAUAAGUGCAUCAUGGUCGUGGGCGGCGAGGGCGGACGAUGUCGAGACGUCGCCGAGAUGUACGGCUUCACCAACGUCGUGACCCCGGGAGACAUCUACGCCGCGUACCCUGAGAUCUGGCCGUUCAGCAAGCCGUUCCUACAGGACUACUAUAAGUCAUUCGCCCGCGCGCUGCCAAAACCCAUCGACUCCGCCUCUCCAGAAGAAAGCCUCAAGAUCGACGCGGUGUUCGUAUACAACGACCCCAGAGACUGGGGCCUAGAUCUGCAGGUGAUCCUCGAUGUCCUGCUGUCCAGGGAGGGCGUCAUGGGGACAUACUCGGCCAAGAACGGUGACCGCUCCCUGCCCAACUGCGGCUACCUGCAGGACAACCAGCCGCCGCUGUACUUCUCGAAUCCCGACCUCCUCUGGGCAGCCCACUACCACUUGUCACGCCUCGGGCAGGGCGGCUUCCGCGAGUCACUCGAGGGCCUCUGGCGCGCCGUCACCGCACAUUCCCACGGGACGCCAGAGCUGUACAAAACCGUGAUCGGCAAGCCGUACCGUGAGACAUACUCAUUCGCCGAGAAUUUGCUCAUGCGGCAUCGCGACUCGCUGUUCGGUUCCGCCACGCCCCUGAGGCGAGUCUACAUGGUCGGCGACAACCCGGAAAGCGAUAUCCGCGGCGCAAACAACUAUGACUCCCCGCAUGGCGUGGAGUGGGUCAGUCUGUUGACGCGCACGGGGGUGUUCAGAGACCGGCCCGGCCACACGCCCACAUGGGAGCCGCGAGCGAUCGUCGACGAUGUUCGAGCUGCUGUUCAAUACGCUUUGAAGGAUACUGCGUGGGACCAGGGCUUAGAUCAGUUAGACUAG